ACAUAUGUAGAGUGUGUCGGUCAGAAGGAACACCUGAGAAACCUCUUUAUCACCCUUGUGUAUGUACUGGCAGUAUUAAGUUUAUUCAUCAAGAAUGCUUAGUUCAGUGGCUGAAACACAGUCGAAAAGAAUACUGUGAAUUAUGCAAGCACAGAUUUGCUUUUACACCAAUUUAUUCUCCAGAUAUGCCUUCACGGCUUCCAAUUCAAGACAUAUUUGCCGGACUGGUUACAAGUAUUGGUACUGCAAUACGAUAUUGGUUUCAUUAUACACUUGUGGCCUUUGCAUGGUUGGGAGUUGUUCCUCUUACAGCAUGCCGCAUCUACAAGUGCUUGUUUACUGGCUCUGUGAGCUCACUACUGACACUGCCACUAGACAUGCUGUCGACGGAAAAUUUGUUGGCGGAUUGUUUGCAGGGUUGUUUUGUGGUGACAUGCACACUGUGUGCAUUCAUUAGCCUGGUGUGGUUGCGAGAGCAGAUUGUCCAUGGGGGCGCGCCAAUUUGGUUGGAGCAUGCUGCUCCACCCUUCAAUGCUGCUGGACACCACCAAAAUGAGGCUCCAGCAGGAGGAAAUGGUGCAGAAAAUGUUGCUGCUGAUCAGCCUGCCAACCCACCUGCUGAGAAUGCCGUGGUCGGGGAGAACCCCGAUGCCCAGGAUGAUCAGCCUGAAGAGGAGGAGGAGGACAAUGAGGAGGAAGAUGAUGCUGGUGUCGAAGAUGCGGCAGAUGCUAAUAAUGGAGCCCAGGAUGACAUGAACUGGAAUGCUUUAGAAUGGGACAGAGCUGCUGAAGAGCUUACAUGGGAAAGAAUGCUAGGACUUGAUGGGUCACUAGUUUUUCUGGAACAUGUCUUCUGGGUGGUGUCUUUAAAUACACUGUUCAUUCUUGUUUUUGCAUUUUGCCCUUACCACAUUGGUCAUUUCUCCCUUGUUGGUAUGGGAUUUGAAGAACACGUCCAGGCAUCUCAUUUUGAAGGACUGAUCACAACCAUAGUUGGGUAUAUACUUUUAGCAAUAACACUGAUAAUUUGUCAUGGCUUGGCAACUCUUGUUAAAUUUCACAGGUCUCGUCGCUUACUGGGAGUCUGCUAUAUUGUUGUUAAGGUCUCUUUGUUAGUGGUGGUAGAAAUUGGAGUGUUCCCCCUGAUUUGUGGUUGGUGGCUGGAUAUUUGUUCCCUGGAAAUGUUUGAUGCUACUUUGAAAGAUCGAGAACUGAGCUUUCAGUCUGCUCCGGGUACUACCAUGUUUCUGCAUUGGCUGGUGGGAAUGGUCUAUGUCUUCUACUUUGCCUCCUUCAUUCUGUUGCUGAGAGAGGUACUUCGACCUGGUGUCUUGUGGUUUCUAAGAAAUUUGAAUGAUCCAGAUUUUAAUCCAGUACAGGAAAUGAUCCACUUGCCCAUUUAUAGGCAUCUCCGAAGAUUUAUUUUAUCAGUGAUUGUCUUUGGCUCCAUUGUCCUCCUGAUGCUUUGGCUUCCUAUACGUAUAAUUAAGAGUCUGCUGCCUAAUUUUCUUCCGUACAAUGUCAUGCUCUACAGUGAUGCUCCGGUGAGUGAGCUGUCCCUUGAGCUGCUCCUGCUUCAGGUUGUCUUGCCAGCAUUGCUUGAACAGGGACACACGAGGCAGUGGCUGAAAGGGCUGGUGAGAGCGUGGACGGUGACUGCUGGGUACUUACUGGAUCUCCAUUCUUAUUUGUUGGGAGACCAGGAAGAAAAUGAGAACAGUGCAAACCAACAGGUCAACAAUAACCAGCAUGCUCGAAAUAACAACGCUAUUCCUGUGGUGGGGGAAGGCCUGCAUGCAGCCCACCAAGCCAUACUCCAGCAGGGAGGGCCUGUCGGCUUUCAGCCUUACCGUCGGCCUUUAAAUUUUCCACUCAGGAUAUUUCUGUUGAUUGUCUUCAUGUGUAUAACAUUACUGAUCGCCAGCCUCAUCUGCCUUACUUUACCAGUAUUUGCUGGCCGUUGGCUAAUGUCAUUUUGGACGGGGACUGCCAAAAUCCAUGAGCUCUACACAGCUGCUUGUGGUCUUUAUGUUUGUUGGCUAACCAUAAGGGCCGUGACGGUGCUGGUGGCAUGGAUGCCCCAGGGACGCAGAGUCAUCUUCCAGAAGGUUAAAGAGUGGUCCCUCAUGAUAAUGAAGACUUUGAUAGUUGCAGUGCUGCUGGCUGGAGUUGUCCCUCUUCUUCUGGGGCUCCUGUUUGAGCUGGUUAUUGUUGCUCCCCUGAGGGUCCCCUUGGAUCAGACUCCUCUUUUUUAUCCAUGGCAGGACUGGGCACUUGGAGUCCUGCAUGCCAAAAUCAUUGCAGCUAUAACGCUGAUGGGCCCCCAGUGGUGGUUGAAAACUGUGAUAGAACAGGUUUAUGCAAAUGGCAUCCGGAACAUUGACCUUCACUAUAUCAUUCGUAAACUGGCAGCUCCAGUGAUCUCUGUGCUUUUGCUUUCCCUGUGUGUACCUUAUGUCAUAGCUUCUGGUGUUGUUCCUUUGCUAGGUGUUACUGCAGAAAUGCAAAACUUAGUCCAUCGGCGGAUUUAUCCAUUUUUACUGAUGGUUGUGGUAUUGAUGGGGAUCCUGUCCUUCCAGGUCCGCCAGUUUAAGCGCCUUUAUGAACAUAUUAAAAAUGACAAAUACCUUGUGGGGCAGCGCCUCGUGAACUAUGAACGGAAAUCUGGCAAACAAGGCACAUCUUCUCCGCCUCCACAGUCAUCCCAAGAAUAAAGUGGUUGUCUCAACUCCUUGACCUUCCCCUUGCCUUUACGUGUCCUUUUUUGUGGACUUCUCUCUUCAGAGACUUUCCCCAGUGAUCUCUCAGCGCUGCUUUUAAGUUAAAUGUCUUUGGUUUGUGUUCUCGGCAUCCAGGGAGCAGCGGUGUAGGCUCUACUGCUUUCCCUGCGUCUUCUGACAUCACUGCUGUCUGAGAUCUGUAUAUGUGUAAAUAGAAGUUCCUUGAUACCCCAAAACCUUGGAUUAAACAGAAUGUGCAUUGUACAUCUUUAAACAAAUGUAUAUUAAUUUAUUAAAUCUAGUUGUCACUUUAUUUUGAACCUGCUGUGAUCUCGACAGGAAACGUGCCACAGAGCAGUAGUGCACAGGCAAGACUUUGCAGUGCCGUCUUGUGAGUGCAGUGCAUGGCGUUCCUAGCAGCUCUCCCCAGGGAACUGUACAUUCUGUCUCUUGGCUGGUCAGACCUUACUGAGAAUGGAAAAGGAAGCAAGUAGAAAUCAGCAGUGGAGUGUCUGUGGUGAUUUUUUCUCUUUCUGUUAGUUCACUGGAGAAACAAUGGAGGUGGUACAUCUCAAUUCCAGAUGUAAACAAAAAGAAUUUUUAUUUCAACAUUUAAUAUAACUGUUAUUACUGUGGAUUCUUGUCUUGUGUUUUUUCUUUCCCUUAUUCAAGUAAUAGAACUUUCCUUCAUGAUUUGAACCUAGAUAUGUCAUUUCUGUAUUGGCAAAAUGCUAUUAUUAAAGUGUAAUUCUUGAAUUUAGGUUGGAUUGAUGACUUUUUAAAACAGAACAAAAACACUGGACAUUGCUUCAUUAUAUUACGUUUGUACAUGCACACACAUACAGGAAAUCGUAGUGCCAUUAUAAGAACACUGGCAUUUUUUGCAACUCUGCAGGUUAGCUGCUUAUAUUCAUUUUCAGGAUUGAGUAUUCUAAGCUCUACUUACUGUGAAAAGUUUUUUACGUUGUGAAAUUAAAAGGCUAUGUUUAAAAUACACCUUCAGAAUGUUAAUUAUUUAGCAGCCAAGAUUGAACUAAAAGUCUUACAACUAAGUGUUAUGAAAAGCCUCUUGUGAUUUCUCAUUUCCUUGAUUAAGCUGUCUUGUUUUUACCUACUUAAUUUGUCCCCUCAGUCAGAUGUUUUUUCAGCCGAUGACUGCCCUGUGUUAUUUUUUUAAACAGCCAUUAUGAAUAAGGGCUUCUUUCAAAUAAUCCUUGACAGUAUCUGUGGCAUUAAUAUAACAUAAAGAUAAGACAGUAUGUGUAUGUUUUCAUUCCUGUCUAUUUUGUAUGAGUGCCUCAUUUUGUAGUCAUGAAAGUUACGCAGUACCUUAAAAGAAAAUGUAAUUUUAGAGGCCAGGAGUAACUGUUAUAGAAGGUAAAUAGUUUAUAGAAGCUAACUUAGUUAUUUGGGGUGUCAGUUUUCUAGGGGUGUCAGUUUUCUAUUAAAGCAAAUACCUUAGAUACUCAGACCAAUUAUAUGUGUAUAUAUUCUAAAAUGCUCUCUUUUUAUGUGGUCAUUUGUUGCCUUCUAAGUUGAGAGAACAAAAUUGAAUAAAGUAAAUGUUAGUUGUAGCCUA